ACUAUUUUUAACUAAACUUAAUUCCCUUACUCGAAGACACAAUUUUUAAAUUAUUACCCUUUCAAAAUAAAUAUUCUAACGGGUACCUUACUUAUAGAUAGAUUAGAAAGUACAGACUAAAUAGUAGGGAAAUCUAUUGUGUACAAUUACAAAUAACAAUGUCGAUACCUAACUACCUACCCAUAAUUUUGCAUGCAAGCAAAGUUCUAGUCUUUACACUUCCGUGGUUAGCUGAUUUUUUUUUUAAUUAGCAAUACAAAAUAUUUCAGUAACAAUUUAUAUUCUAAGAAAAAAAUGAAUUUUUUUUUCCUUAUUUCUUUACAGAAUUUUUAUUCCUUAUUCCUCUAAUAUACAUAGCUGUACCUAAGUGCAUAAAUACACAGGUAGGGACCGUAUAUCUCCUUCACAAGCAUUUUAUUGCUUCAAAGCCACAGGUUCAAAAGUUAAAACUAAAAGAAAUCGAUUCUGCCAGGUACUAAACGAAAAAAAACUCAUCGCUACUAAAUCUGAAGUGUCAGUCUCCUAAUCACAUACGACGAUACGAUACUAGUCGUCACUCUGCUAAUGUAUUGCUAUAAUAAACAGAUGUACACGAUAACGGGCGGCUUUACCUAUCUCUGGCGACUAGGAUGAAAUUAAGUGUUCCCGACACGUUCCCGCCGCCUGUAUUUUAUGUGUCUUUCAUAGGUUAUGACCACAAUAGAUUUAUUGAAGAAUAAAUUUAUGUUACUUUACAAUCACUGACUACAACACAAUAAGGAGAGACAACUACUCUCUGACCCCAAAAACUAAAUACAAUUCACCAAAAACACAAUAAUGUACUUACCUCGAAUACACCUAAACAUAUAGGUAUUGUUCUUUGUAAUCAUGUUUUUGAAGACAUCGCGGGAGACAUCCUGAAAUAACACGUAUUUGCAGCGACGAUGCGCCCGCGCCGCGGCGCUACCGUCGCGCGCUUAUCCGACGCCAUUUUCACACAAUCCCCGAGCUUUCCCGCACACAGAUCAGUAAGCAUCCCCCGCAGCGGCAGUGUUGCGAGACACGAGUCGUGUCGCAAGCGGUGGUGCCCUUGCACGUGCUGUCCUCACAUUACGUGUCGGUCUCCUACUCUACACUCAUUUGGACAAACAUUUAAGUGUAAAUCAAGUUAUACAAGAUCCGAUGACACUCAUUCAAAAAGUUCAAGAAGGCAAGGAAGACAUCAUGACUGACAUCACGAUGAAAGAAGACCUGGUGAAACCUUCGCGACCUGUCAGAAACAGGCGAUACACUCGAAGGAGCUUAGUAGCGGGCCAGCGUCCGCAAAAGAGGCUAUUCACACCAGAAAUUAAGCGAUAUCUCAAAGACUGGCUAGUGCGACGAAGAGAUAACCCGUACCCAAACAGAGAAGAAAAAAAAUAUUUGUCUCGCGAAACUGGCCUCACAUACAUACAAAUUUGUAACUGGUUUGCAAAUUGGCGAAGAAAGUUGAAAAAUGUGAAUGUAGAUAGAAACCAGCAAACGUGGGGCCAUCUGAUCCGCACAUACAAUGAUCGUGCACAGGGCAAUGUGGAACAGUUCAGCAUUUGUUCCGACGACAGCAUAUGGAGCGAAUCCGAUCCCAACAAUCCUGAUGAGAACUUAGACCAUGAUGGGGACCUAACAGGCAGUCCAGAAACGAUAACAGAAUACCACCACGACGAUUCCGACACAUCUUCGAAUAUGAAAGACAAGUGUGUCAACUUCAACAAUAACUCUUACAAAUCGGAUGCAAAUGAAAAUAGGAACGAGGAAACAAAAGCGAUUACAAGCCCAAUGUUACUCAGCAAGUGGCUGGAGAGCGCUGCACGGUUCCAACCAAGUGAGUGUAACUACUCGUGGUGGGCUGACGGAAAAAGAAGAAAGCCAGAUGCGAAGAUUCAGCGGAUUACAGUAAAUACGAUGUCGAGACAUGACCGGGACGAGGUGGAAGCUGCAGUGGCCCUCACUGCUCUAGCGUCUGCUACCAGCCGUAUUUCUGCGCCAUGACACCAUAGACGCAAUGUGUUAUUUGUUUAUGAUUUUUAAAAGGAUAACAAUGUUAGAUACUCUUUAUAAUAGAGUAACUGCCAGUAUGAUUGUUUGUAUUUUUUAGUUAAGUUUACCAACUACGUAAAUAAAAUUUACUAUUACGUAAUAAUGCCAAUGAAACCAGUGUUGCUCAAGUAUUAUUUAAAGUGUAAGUUGAUCGUGGAAGCAAUCCUGCUCGUAUAGUCAUUAACUUUUGAUCUCUAUUGGACUAAGUAGUUUUAAGUCGGAACUCCAACCAAAGAUUGUUUCAAGAUUGAAGUAAAUUACAUUAUGCUAUAAACAA